AUGAGCUACAGACUAAAAGGCCUAGAAAGGGCUUAUAGCUGUUUUCUACAGAGUCGCCAGCUUCACUCUCUUCGAAAUUUGCCCAAGGUUUCAGAUGUGAAGGGCCCUAAGAAACCCAAUACCCCAGGGUCCGGAGAAGCUAAGAAACCUAACCGAUUUGCACAAAUGUACAAUAAGAACAGUCCCGGGCCAAAAAAGCAAAAUAAGCAUGGUCAGAAUCAGCAGAAUAAAGUACCCAAUCGGCCUACCGAGAAGCAGCAGCCCAAGAAGCAGCAGAAACCAGAGCCCCAACCGGAACAGGCUUCUUCUGGAGGCAGUAUCCAGAAAUUUGCUGAGAUAAAGCAGCGGUUAAAUCAACAAAUUAAGCAGAAACAAGCGGAGGAGAAUAAAGGCCAAGCCGUGCCCAAGGCUAAGGCGCCACCUAAAAAGAAGAAGGUGGUGAAGAAGAGAAAAGAGAACAUCAAGAUCAACAUCCCUACAUUUAUCACGGUCACCAACUUGGCCAAUAUCAUGAACGUUCAGCUAUCCGAGAUGCUCACGAAGCUUGAAGAGCUUGGUUUCGAGAACAUGAGCCAUAACUAUAUUUUAGAUAAAGAGAAUGCCUCGCUUAUAGCAGAUGAGUACGGCUUCGAUAUCACCAUGAGUGACGAAACAGGCUUGGAUCUCUUUCCAGCACCAGUCAAUGAGAAGCAGCUCCAGCCAAGAGCCCCAGUUGUGACCAUCAUGGGUCAUGUUGAUCAUGGAAAAACGACAAUCUUGGAUUACUUGAGAAAGUCCUCGGUAGUGGCUGGUGAAUUUGGAGGCAUUACCCAGCACAUUGGUGCUUUUUCUGUCACCACGCCUAUUUCAAAGAAAAAGAUCACUUUCUUGGAUACUCCAGGACACGCUGCAUUUUUGAGCAUGAGAGAACGUGGAGCGGUUGUCACUGAUCUUGUAAUUCUUGUGGUCGCUGCAGAUGAUUCGGUGAUGCCUCAGACAAUUGAGGCCAUCAAGCACGCCAAAAAGUCCGAUGUUCCAAUCAUUGUUGCCAUCAACAAAUGUGAUAAGCACGGUGUGAAUAUUGACAAAGUCUUGGGAGACUUGGCUCGCCAUGAAAUUGACAUUGAGGACUAUGGCGGAGAAACCCAGACCGUCAGAGUUAGUGGAAAAACGGGCAUGAAUAUGGACAAGCUAGAGGAGGCCGUUAUCACUCUCAGUGAGCUUAGUGAAUUUAAAGCCGAGGCUAAGGGUGUUCCUGCUGAAGGUUGGAUCAUCGAAAGUGAGCUCAUCAAAGGGUUAGGUAAUGUUUCCACGGUUUUGGUGAAGCGAGGAACCAUCAAGCCAGGCAGCUUUUUGGUAGCAGGCAACACGUACUGCAAAGUAAGAGGGAUGAAAGACGAAAAUGGAAAAACUGUUAAAGCCGCUGGUCCAUCGACUCCAGUGCAGAUUUGGGGAUGGAAAGAUCUUCCUCAGUCGGGCGAUCAGAUAUUGGAAGCCGACUCGGAGAAAACCUGCCGCAAAGUUGUUAGAAACAGAGAGGAAAGAAACACCAUCAUCCAACAAGCAAAGGAUAUUGAGAAGAUCAACGAGUUGAGACAGGAAGAGGUCAAUGAGCUCAAGCGCCAGGAAAAGAUCAAUGAGCUCAAAUUGGCUGGCCUCGAUCCCCUGGAGUUCAUGAAGGAGGAAGACGAAAAUACCAAAACGACCUACGUCAACUAUAUCGUCAGGUCUGACGUCUACGGUUCAGCAGAGGCCAUCAAGGAGAGUAUCGAUGGACUUGGUAAUGAGGAAGUUCGUGCAAAGGUCAUUUCGUAUGAUGCCGGUGCACCAACGGACUCUGAUGUGGACACUGCUGCCACGGUGAACGGCAGCAUCAUGAGUUUCAACGUCAAGGUGCCUAAGCAAAUUCAGCUCAAGGCUGAAAGGGCCAAUGUGAAGGUGUUUGAGCACAACGUGAUCUACCGUUUGAUAGAGGAGGUUACGAACGAGUUGACAUCGAAAUUGAAGCCCCACAUCGAGAUCAACGUGCUUGCAGAGGCAGACUUGAAGACUGCUCUUCUGAUCACAGGAAAGAACAAGACCACGGUGAAGAUCGCUGGUGUGAAGGUCCAAACGGGUACAUUGAAGCGGUCUUCAAAGAUUCGUGUUUUGAGGAACGGAGAAAUCAUCUACACCGGAGGUCUUUCUUCGCUUAAGCACGUGAAGCAUGAUAUCUCGGAGGCCAAGAAGGGCACUGAGUGUGGUUUGGCCUUCAACAACUGGGAUAAGUUCGAAGAGGGGGACAAGAUAGAAGCGUACGAGGAGACCGAGAUCCCACGCUACUUGUAA